UGUUUCAGCGGAGGAGGGUACGGGAACUGGGAUGGGAGCGGAGGCGGGGGUGGGAGCAGAGACGUCGCAGGAGCAAAUGUACGAGAACAUGCGGCUCCACAAAGAGGUGCUCAACGGAGUCCGGCUCCAGCCGUGGCCGAUGCGCCGCAAACUCUGGCUCGUCAAACAGGCCAAGCUCUUCCUGAGCAAGCACGAGGGCCAGCUCCAAGAAAGACUCGCUCAAAGUAAGAGGACUAAGGAUCUCUUAGCUCGCUUCAAUAUCUUUUUUACUAAGCAAUGGCAAAAUUCCAAACGAGAAUUAGCAAACUUAAUGAAUAUUUUAAUACCGUGGGAGCUGCGAAUCAAGGAAAUAGAGUCCCAUUUUGGGUCUGCUGUCGCAUCAUACUUCACUUUUUUACGGUGGCUUUUCUGGGUCAAUCUAGUCAUAUCGAUUCUUCUAAUAGCUUUCGUCGCGGUACCUGAGGUCGUGCUCGUGAACCAUCGAAAUACAGAUACUUCAGAGCGGAAAACGAUGCUGCCCGAGGAAGAGGCGAAUUCAACCUCCUUCGAAACACUGUGGAAUUUUGAGGGGGUUCUUAAGUAUUCUCCCCUUUUCUAUGGUUAUUACUCCAAUCGUGACGAGGACACUCAACAAGGCUACAGACUACCUAUGGCCUAUUUUUUGACCGGAAUCGGGGUAUACGUUUACAGUUUUAUCGCAACACUUCGAAGGAUGGCAGUCAACUCACGGCAAAGCAAAUUGUCCGAAAAAGAGGAUGAGUGCGUCUUCACAUGGAAACUGUUCACCGGUUGGGACUAUAUGAUAGGCAACGCCGAGACCGCCCACAAUCGCACUUCCUCAAUUAUCCUUAGUUUCAAAGAGGCGCUCUUGGAGGAAGCUGAGAAGAAACGUGAGGAUUUGAGCUGGAAAAUAAUUUUCAACCGAAUCUUCGUAAACUUGGUAGUCACGGUCCUUCUCGUCUGCUCUGCCACUGCAGUCGUCUUUGUCGUCGAGAGAUCAACUUCACCAGACAAAAAUUCUUCAUGGUGGAGACAAAACGAGAUCAACAUUGUCAUCAAUUUUAUCGGGAGUGCCUUUCCUCACAUGUUUGAACUUUUGGGGGCGUUAGAGAGGUAUCAUCCCAGGAAAAGCCUACGAAUACACUUGGCGAGAAUAAUGGCUUUAAACUUACUGAACAUAUACACAUUCAUGUUUGCUGUGUUCAAUGAAAUAAGCAAUAUGACGCAUACCCUUGGGCAAAUGAAAGAAAAUCUAACUUCCAGGACGGGCCUCCUUUCAACGAGCCCGCCACCGCAAUUUGCCGGGUUGCAAAGUGAAGGCGGUUUCUUCUCCGAGGUCGAGACGGAAAUCUCUUCGUGGGAGGUUCCUCGAGCAAUGUCUCUCAUCGCAGCUUGCCAUCGCAUCCCCAUAAACUGCAGCCUCAUCGGCCGCACGGCCGGCCUCGUCGUAGGAGUGUCUUCUGUCCUCACGGCCAACCUCUCCGACCACCUCAACCUCACGGACCAUCUCAACCUCACAGACCACUUGAACUUGCCGGACAACCCCAACCUUACAGACCCUUUCAACCUCACAGAUAACUCCAACUUCACAGACCACUUCAACCUCACAAACGAGCUCAACAUCACAGAUUAUCUCAACCUCACAGAUUUGUCGAAUACGGAAAGCCCAAACCUCAACUUACCCGACAAUAUCCUCGAUUCAUCAUUUCUCGCCACAUUUGAAACAGACUUGAAUCUAGUGCGCUACUACACCGAGCUACACAACGUUAGCGGGGAAGUGACGUUAAACUUCUCUGACCCCGAAGCUGUUGUUCCACCGCAAUGGAACGCUACAGAUUUGACUCUACUGGGCCUUAGUGAAGAGGAAGAAAAUCGCACAACCAUGGAAAUGGACACCUCAACUCGUGAAACACCCUCGGUCCUGAAAGAAACCAUAUGUUACGUCACAGUUUGCGACGGACCGACGGCGGCUCCCAUUGAAAACGGAACAGCAGAGAACACCACAGGUGAGGAAGAAUAUCGCGUGAACGUCAGUACAGUAGAGCCUCCGAAAGUGACACAGGUCAGCUUUACGACGGAAGUGUCAAAAACAACGGAUAUCGUGAGUGAUAAUACUGUUACCAAAAUGACAAGAGAAGAGAGCAACACGAGUGCAACACCUAGUUUUGGUGCUAACGUAAGCGAAUACGCUGAGACAAGUUCAAGCAAACCGCCAACGAGCAGUACUCAGCCCUCAACAGUUGCGUCCCAGAGACUCAACGGUUCAACGACCGUUGAAUGCAUCCCACGCCCUUUCGCAAAUAUCCCCGUCCCAACAUCGAGCCUCCUAAAUUUCACCCAGAAUAGUAGUAUUACUACGAUAAAACAGGAAACAACUGAUAAUUCUUCAACGGAGUACGUUUUUAGCACGGCUAGCACCGCGACCCUUUCGAAUACGGAAGCAUCAAUCCACACUGAUUGGCCUAACAAGUCGGGGUUUACAAGCUCCGGUGGAUCGAGUGAAGCUGUGUUUAAGACAGGAGAUUGCACUCGAGAACCACUUCAAGAGACUCCUUCUACAACCAAGUUGGAUAUUGAAACUCGGCGAAAACUUCGGAGACUCUGUUGGGAAACAAUGUUCGGUCAAGAGAUCGUCAAGCUCACCGUUGGAGAUUUGGUGAUGACGAUCCUCUCAACGGUGAUCAUCGACUUCCUGCGCGCCCUGUUCGUGCGCUUCAUGAACCGUUGCUGGUGCUGGGACCUGGAGAAGAAGUUCCCUCAGUACGGGGACUUCAAGAUCGCCGAGAACAUCCUCCACCUGGUCAACAACCAAGGGAUGGUCUGGAUGGGGAUCUUCUUCUCGCCGGGGCUCCCGCUCAUCAACGUCAUCAAGCUCAUCAUCAUCAUGUACCUCCGGGCCUGGGCCGUCCUCACCUGCAACGUCCCCCACGAGAUCGUCUUCCGCGCCUCCCGCUCCAACAACUUCUUCUUCGCCCUCCUCCUCCUCAUGCUCUUCCUCUGCGUCCUCCCCGUGGGCUACGCCAUCGUCUGGGUCGAGCCCUCCUGGCACUGCGGGCCCUUCUCCGGGCACAAGCGCAUCUACUACAUCUUCACCAACACCCUCCGCAAGAUCGUGCCGCGGAAGCUACAUCGCGUCAUGGACUACGUCGCGUCGCCCGGGAUAGUCAUUCCUCUCCUCAUGCUCCUCAUCCUGGUCAUCUAUUACCUCCUCUCUCUCACUUCCGCUCUUCGGGAGGCGAACAACGAUUUAAAGACGCAACUGCGGCGGGAGCGAACGGAGGAGAGAAGAAAAAUGUUUCAGAUUGCAGAUAGGCGAAGGAGAGGAAUCGAUGAUUACGUCGACUCAACACUCGUCAAAUGGAAGCAGAUUUUGCCGGAAGUUCAAGCGAACUCGGAAAAAAUUGGGGACAAAGACAAUGAUUCAAACCCCUCGUCACCUACGAAAGCAGCAAAAGUUAAAGGGACCCUACAGCUGAAGCGAAAAGAUACGAUGGCAGAUAUUGUGCAGCAAGUCAUGACCAAGACUGAUGGAUUGCCGGUUCAGGAGAAAAAAGGAGGAUCAGACGAACAUGCCGACGGUACCGAUGUUGAGUGUCAGGAUUCGCUCUCUGAAGAUGCCGAGAAGAAGUCCAACAAAAAAGAACGGAAAAAAUCCGAGAGCGCUUUACAAAAUAGUGCACACGGGCAAGCGGGGAAGAAGAAAAAGAGUAAGAGCAAAAAGAGUCGGGGCGAGAAGGAGAAAAAACAGGAGAAGAAUUCAAGGCAGAAAACCGAUUUAGAGGAAGAGAAUAGCCUGGGUGGCUCUGUUUCCAGCAUUCCGAAGAUUCAAAUCAGCGAAUCAAGUACGCCGGACUCGAAAAAGAUGUCGGAGGCCUCCGGGAGUGCGGAAACUGUUGUCACAACGAAGUUUCCAGGUUCGAGCGAAUCGGGGGAGCCAUCUCCGGAAAAUUCCGGACGGAACACCCCGGAAGAAGUCAGCGAUCCGGUUCCGGCAACGGUGAGUAUCGAGAACGAGGCAGAUGCCGAGAACGGCCGGAAGUCCCUGAAAUUCGGCCUUUUCCGGAAGCACAAGGCGACGCCGAUGAACUGCGAAGUGGCCGAGGAGACGUGGUCGAGCAAGAGGAACAAGAUGGCGGAGUCACGGACAUUGAGUCUGAGUCAAGCCUGGCGUAAAAAGGGCCGCGACGCGGUCAAGAUUUCUGCUGCGUCCGAAUCGGAUCUCACCAUACGGGAUCCGUAAUCAAAGAUCCGUAAUCCAGUUGCAAAGGUGUACAUUUGGACUGCAUUUUGCAAUUUGGACCUAUAAAUUCUGACUCAUCUGAAAAAAACACUUAUGUGCAUAGGGAAACUAAUGGCACAUACGUUGUUUUUAAACCGGGCCGGAAUUUAUAAGUCCAAAUUGCAGAAUGCAGUCCAUUUACCGUCACGAUUUCUGGCGCGGUCACGUCAUGAGAGCUCGAAUAGCACAGGUUGCAAUUUCAUGGUAAAAGAAUGGAGAUGUUGCAUGUGUGAGGGAUUUGCGAUUUGACUAUUGAUUCUUACGUAAAGGUUCUCGAGAAACACGAUGGUGCUA